AUGCAAGCCCCCAGUCUGGAAGUUCUCCAGGUAUUCUUCAGAACCAUUGCAGAUGAGCAGGGGAUCCCCGGUGGAAUCGGGGCGCCGCCACUGUUUCACAGCGCGCGGAAGUGCAACGCCAGUUCCCCACGACUCGUGGCCCACAAAGUUCAGAAACUCGCGAGCCACUGCGGCUCGACUGAGACUGGGUCUGGGCCCAUCUUGCGUAUGCAGAUGGUGUAG